AGAACAUUGAUUCUCAGUACCAACAUCAACGCACAGAUACACCAAGAUGACAUCAGGGGUGCGUCAUUGUGCCCGUCUGGGCAUCGUCGUUCUUGGGAUCCUCUGCAUUUUCUCUGGGAUUUACCUUUUGCUCAAUUGGAUCGACAUGUUUACACGCAUGCGCGGCAAGGAAAUGGCCUUGAGCCCCACUUCACGAUCAUUCGAAGGUUGGAAGGUCUCUCCACUGCCUCUCAAUUUUGAUGUCUACCUUUUUAACUGGACGAAUCCGCAGGACUUCUAUGUGGGUUCGGGUAAAAAGCCACACUUCCAGCAACUGGGUCCUUAUCGGUUUCGGGAGCUACCCGACAAGGUGGACAUCGACUGGCACAAUCAGAAUGCUUCCGUCUCGUUUCACAAGAAGUCCUGGUUCCAUUUUGAUGCUGCUGGCAGCAAUGGAAGUUUGUCGGAUAUGGUCACCCAAGUCAACACUGUAGCGCAUGCUGCUGCUAAACGUGCCGGUGCCACAGACUCUUGGUUCGCAAAAGUUGGUAUUAACUUCGCCAAUACGGCUAAUAGUCAGGAAUUGACUGUCACCCAUACCGUUGAAGAAAUGCUUUUCAAGGGCUAUGAUCAUCCAUUCAUUACCCUCGGAAAGUUUAUUCGACCCCAAGAUGUUCCUUAUAAGCGCGUGGGCUUUCAGUACCCGCGGAAUGGAAGCGCCGACUUCGAUGGAUACAUAAACAUGUAUACCGGAGCAGACGAUAUUACCAAAAUGGGUCAAAUUCACACAUGGAAUGAUCUGAACCAUACGGGAGCUUUUGAGGGCGCCUGCGGGCAGGUGCAUGGCUCCAUGGGCGAGUUCUUUCCGCCCAAUUUAAGCACCAAUGAUACCGUCUACAUGUACAUGCCCAAAAUGUGUCGGGCUAUACCGCUGGACUACACAGAAACGGUUACCGUUCAUGGAGUGACCGCCUAUAGGUUCAGCGGUACUCAGCACGCCGUGGACAAUGGCACUCUGCACCCGGACACGAAAUGCUAUUGCGUUGGUGGCAAGUGUAUGCCCAUCGGAGUGAUCAACAUAGGACCAUGUGCAUUUAACGCAUCUGUCUACAUGUCGUUCCCGCAUUUCUACAUGGCGGAUCCAAGCUAUCUGGAGGCCAUCGAAGGUCUGCAACCCGAACGUGAAAAGCACGAGUUCUUCAUGACCCUGGAGCCCAAUGCGGGCGUUCCGAUGGACGUGGGCGGUGGCUUUCAAGCUAACUACUACAUGGAGCCAGUUCGGGGUAUUUCACUUUAUGAUAAGGUCCCAACGAUGAUGAUUCCCAUGAUGUGGUGCGAAGAACGAGUUCGCGUCUCAGAGGAAAUUGCCUCCGAUAUCGCACUGGUUCCACUGAUUGUCCUUCUAGGACAGAUUGUAACUGGCAUUCUGCUGGCAGGCGGUCUGAUAUGCACCUGCUGGUACCCCACGCGACAGGUUACGCACUUUUGCCACAGCGAUCCCAAGGCAAAAGCCAGUGUCUUGCGUCCUCUCACAUCGUUUGGUGUGAAUUCCAAGGCACCUACGGCCCCGACGUUGUUCCGCAACAAUACUAGUUCGUCGGGCAACGAGCGCGUUGGUGUGCGCCUUUUGGACUACAAUCGCGACUCCGGAUUAAGGAGGGAGGUUGGAAUUACGGAGAGCUCGGCCAGGGAACGUCUCAUCGGCGAGGACUCGCCUGAUGUCAUAGUUAGAUAAUAUAUGCGUUGGCAUCAUGCCUUCCUGACGGUGCCUCCAACGAUCAUCUGCCUAAGACUCAUUUACGUCGCCGUAGCUUAGAAUACAAUAAGAAAACGAUGAAGCCAUUAUGCCUUAGCCGGGCCGAAAGAGGCUGGACCACGUUGCUCACCAAGAACAUUGUUCCGGAUCACAUCGCAUACCACAUUACCAAGCACGCCCACCCGCAUUAGGAGUUUCCUCAACACAUCUGCACGCUAUGCGGAUAACGAGAGAGAUUAAUAAGAUUAUUUAUUUUAGUGCCAAAAAAGAAAAGAGAAGCGCAGAGUUAAGCGCCAAGCAAAAGUCAUUAACUAUUUUAGUAGGCUAAACUAAACUGUAAAUAGAGCGAAUCAUUCAUUUUCUUAAAUCUUUAAUGUUAAAACUGCUCAUGCCCAAAGUAUUUAUAUUUGUACGAUAAUGCAUAUCUUUUGUAAAGCGAUAUUUUAAGUUUUAAUUCAAGCCGAGAUGAAGUGAUAAAGAGAACACAUUGAACAGAACAUAGGAAGCGAGGAGUUAUCACCAUUGCUCAUUUAGAUAGGCCUGAGACUGGGCAAACGUUCGUUUUAAGUCCUGUGUACAAAUAAUACUAACACUGCAAAGGUUACACAUAUCCCCUAUGUACAUAUGUGAAUCAGUGUAAGAUCUAAAUACCUAGAUAGUAGAGCACAGCUGUGAAUCCCCGAAAAUAUUUCCAAAAAUUCCUUAAGAUAAAUUAAUAGAAGAGAAUAAAAUUAACUGCUUAAAAUCAAGUGAUCCAGAAGGGACUUUCAAUGAAUUUAAAGACAUAGUUGUUGAAAUUUUUAUAAAUGGAUGCCCUUAAAAAACAUUUCCCAAACAUAUCCAGAUACAAAAUGAAAUUUUACGUUGAGUUUACCAAAAAAAACCCAUUUAAUGUUGGGUUUAUAAACAUUUGUUGUUAUUAA